AUGACCAGGCCAUCUAAAAAACAUAUAAUCUCUCCUGAUGCCUAUAGCACCUGCAAAAGAUCUAAAUCAGUCACUAAAGCGAAUAAUGUGAAACCUUAUAAACACACUGAUCAGUCUGCAUCCUACUCUGAUCUUCCCUCAGCCACACUAAACGUGCACCGUUUACUUGGACAAGACAUAUCACUACCUUGCAUCUCGCUUGUCGAUAUAAAUAAGAGCAGUCACAUACCGUUAGAGUCGACAUCAUUUGUCAGUCCAAACAAAAACACCACAUGUUGUGAGCAGUAUUUAGACAGUGCUGUUGAUCCCAAACACCCAGCAAUCUCACAAUCGGCCAUCCUGAGUAGCGGCCCACGGAGUACAUGUAAGCCUGCCUACAAUAGCCAGCCCGGUGAUGUAGAUCUUGACUACUCACCCAGACAUAUACCCCAUCCCCCAACUAAGUGUGCACAAAGUGAACAUCCGCUAGACACCUGCAACAGGCCUGUAUGUAACCAUAUCGACCUUAGAAACUUUGAUAUAAACUCCGAUAAUCUCACCACUGGUAGACCUAAAAGCAGCCAAACAGAACUUAGCCUCACCCAAACUAUUCAAGACCUAUUACCUUACAAAUAUUUAAUCAGUGUUCCAGAAAAUCCCGAUCUGGAAAUUAUAAAAAACACUGAAAAAGUAAUUGACCAUAUAUCAUCUGAAGUGUUGAAAAGACUUCAGUGUAUGCAGAAUGUUAUUGUGUAUAAUAUACCUGAUAGUACGAACAUAAAGAUUGCUAAAAAUACUCUGCUACAAGAAUGUGGAUUGUCGCAAUCUUGGUGUGUAACAAGAAGAUUACGUAAGGCACACACUAAAGCCUCCUGUCCCAUUCUAUUUCAGUUUGGUAGCACCACUGAAGCUAAUCACCUCCUCAAUAGUCAGUCAUUACUGAGGCGUAUUCCAACAUUUAAAAAGAUUAGGAUCAUUCAUGACAGGACCGCUAUCCAGCGUCGAAUCUGCAAUGGAACACAAACUGAUCAACCCAGCUUACGUAGCCGUGGCAGCUACAGCUCUUGUCACUGCACAAACCCUAAAAUAUCAUACACUGCCCCCCCAAAAAAACGGAGGCACGUCGGACACUGCUAUUAG